GCGCGCCUCAGUUUCUCUUUUACUUUGAACGUCACAUUUAUUCUGUAGAUGACGUCAGACGUGCAGGCAGCUGAGGACAGACUCUCCAAAAUGGCGAACCGCGACAAGGGUAAAGAGCUGGAGGAGGAGAUCUACGACAAGGUGGUGGACCUGACAGAAUAUGCCAAGAAACAGAGAUGGUGGAACCGCAUGUUUGGGAAAAACUCUGGACCUCUGGCAGAGAAGUACUCCGUGGCCACACAGAUAGCCAUAGGGGGAGUGAGUGGAUGGUGUGCAGGUUAUUUGUUUCAGAAGGUGGGAAAAGUUGCUGCUACAUCAGUAGGAGGAGGUCUGCUGCUGUUACAGAUUGCGAACAAUAGCGGCUACAUCCAAGUGGACUGGAAGAGAGUAGAGAAGGACGUCAACAAAGCCAAGAAGCAGCUAAAGAAAGGCACCAAUCAAGCCGGCCCGGAGUUAAACACAUUCAUGGAGAAGACUCAAGUGUUUGUGAAGAAGAACAUCGUGGUCACCAGCGGUUUCAUCGGAGGCUUCCUGCUCGGCCUGGCCUCUUAGGAUCUGCCAAACAAGACGAGUCUGUAUUUCUGGGAUGUAAUGAAAAACCUCUAGGGACAUAGUUUAAAUCAUUGCUGGAAGCGUUUUUAACGGCAAGCAACCAAUCUGUGAUCAUAGCUCUGGGCUAUGUGUCUCUGUAAAAGCUGCACAUCUUCUUGUCUAUUUUAAAAGUGUACCUCUGUGUGACGAGCUCUGUGGGAUUUACGGUGAGAGCAGAUUGACCCACUUAAGAAGCUACACUUCCAGGCCAAAAAACCCAAACAUAUCACGCUCAAAGAAUUAAAGCUAAUGGACCGUGGUAAUAUUUUGUAUUUAUUUAUUUUUUACCUAUUUGGUUCUGAACCAAAUCGAAAGAUUAUGCACUAUUACUGCUCGCAUGUGCCCUUUCAAGUCAAAUCAAGUGCAAGUAGAUUCAAACGUACCUCCUCCACGUGGAAGGUACUGAAGCCCAUCAGUCGCAGUGUUUUCUUCUCUUCAUUUCCAGACGUGAUGCAAUCAUCUCCUCGGCUAAAGUGCUGAAAGAAUCAGGAUGUUAUUCCUUUCUUUCGAGAGCUACAUGGUGUAUGGGUUUUAUCAGUGUCCCUCAUAUUUCUCUUGUUAUUGUAUUUGGGUUAUCAGUGAACUGAUGCUUUAGAUACUGAAGGCUGUGUCUACUCUGUACGUUUGACGAACUAAUAAAAAAGAAGAAAAUCA